AUGCUCUUCAAAGUUUACAAGAGACCGUUGCCUCGUUCGAAGAAUGGCGGAAUCCUUAUAAUGCAGGUUGUAUACGAAACUUGUUUGACCAGAAUUGAGGAAAAAAAAGUGGCAGGCAAGUUCGCCUACAAUAGCAUUCCGCUUCGGCCCGCCUGCGACCCGCCCUCUAUGCCUCCCCUCCUCGUCCCGCCGCUCCAACGGCGCACAGUCCGCGAUCAAACACUGAGUACGAACGCGUGUGCCGCGCUUACUGAUUCUACUACACAAAACUAG